AUGGCAACAAAGUUAACUUCAACUCUAAAUUCCCAGAACCAGCAGCCAGGUGUAACUAUCUCUACCAGAAGAGGAAUCUCAGCCAAGGGUAGAGAAAAGAUGAUGCAAGCCAGCAGAGAAUAGCAACUCAAGCAGUCUAAAAACGAAAUUGAAAACCCUCAAAGUGGAGUGACUGGAGAAGGCACUCAAACAAUGAAUUAAACUAAAAAUCUUCUAACCAAAAGAAAUAAAAAGCCUGCUUACAUGCAGUCACUCAAUGAAGCUGAAAAAGCUGAAAACUUCAAAAUCAUUGACAAUAUGAGUAAGAAGAUCACUUUCUUGAAAAACCCCAGAUACGCAAUCAAUAAAGUACCAAUCUUAAUGACUUAGGCUGGUCAAGGAGCAAUCUCAGAUAAAAAGAAUCCAUUCAGAGUAGAGCCUUAGUUAGUGCAGUUUGUUGAUUAUUAAGUGAAUGGACUAUAUGAAAUUCCUCUAAAGAUUACAAAUGCCUCAUAGAUCUGCAGGAGAGUCAAGUUCGUCCCACCCACGAGUGAGAAUUUUACUCUUAAAAAUGUCAAGUAUCCAAGCAAGGCAAUUGGGGAUAUUGCACCUGGAAUGGCUGUUAUCAUUACUAUUUCAUUCUGUGCUCCAAGUUUUGCAGAUUUCGAUGACUUCUUGACUGUGGUAACUGAGGAAAACUCAUUCAAGGUACCACUAAAGGCUAGAAGAGAUCCCCCAGUAAUUAACCUAGUUAAUCCUCUCGAUUGCUUACAUUCAUGGAUUGGAGAUAGGGUUGAUAUGGCUUUCAGAUGUGUGAACACUGGAGGGGAUGGAGGUUUCAAAUUCUUCUGUGAAAGAGACGAGGAUGAUUCUAAACAAACUGACCCUGAUACAAUAAGAAUAGGAUCAUUUACAUUAUCUCCCUCUGAGUUUUAUCUGUACUCAGGUAACGCUAUUGAUAUCUAUGUGUCAUUUGCUCCUGAUCGAGAAGGACAGCUAGAAGAGAACCUGAUCCUAGCUUGUGAUAACUAGACCUCUGAAUUCUAUAAAAUAACAGGUUAUGGAGCAAAACUCGAUCUAGACAUUGUAGCAGUUGAUGGAAGGGAAGUUGACUUCAAGAAAAAUCCAUUCUCUACAAUGUUCUUUGAGAAUACUAACCCUACUUCAAGCACAAAGAGAACCAUAACUAUAAAGAAUAACUCACCAAUCCUAGUGCCCUUCCAUUGGUCCAUAUAUAAAACUAAAAAUACAAAUAAAAUCAUCCUAUCUGAUGAGCAAACUCACUACAAGGUAGAACCUAACUAAGGUAAAAUUCAAGGCAGCCAAACAAUUGAUUUCGUAAUGCAUUUUACUCCUGAUCAUGCUGAGCCUUACUAUGAAUUCGCUGAUCUUAUAGUUGAAGACAUUCCUAUUUAAAGUGUAAGAAAUCCUCCUGAAGGAUUGAAGAUGUUUGCAGCAAAUAAUCAGUCAAAGUCUAGAAUACCUAUGCCAACCUAUGUUGGUUCCAACACUUAAUUCCUUAGUAUUCCUUUGAUUUAGUUCAAUCUAAGAGGGCAAGGUAAUUCAUGCCAAGUGUAAAUCGAUCCACCUAUCACAUUCUUUGAAGGCGAUUUGUUCAUCAACUAUUAAUACACUCAAACAGUGAAGCUGAGAAAGGAUUAUGAAGGAACAGUUAGAUAUAAGUUGCGUAUGGAGGGCAAGAGUAAACAAUCUUUCAGUGUUGAUGUUAGAGCCUAAGGAUACUCUCUAUCAUCAAACAAUGGAGUUAUAGAAGGUGAGAUUAGAAAUGAAAAAGAGAUUGAUCUUGAUGUUUCAAUAAGCAGUACUGAAUGCGGAGAGUAAAUGGCUUACUUCUUCAUUGAAGUUUAAGAUGGUGCUCCCAUCAGUUUCUAAUGCAGAGCCAAUUUCAGAGGACCUAUUGUAAGAGUAAUAGAACCAGUAAUUGACUAUGGCCUAGUGAAGGUGAACACUCUUUAAAAGUUCAGAAUAAGCAUUGAGAAUACUUGUCCUAUCUCAAGUGAAGUGAUUGUAAAGAAUUCCAAAAACAAGAGACUAACUUUCCAGACAUUAUCUUAAUAUGAGAAAUCUGAUUAGAUUGAUGGAGAUCCUUCUGUAGGUGUCUCAAAAACUACUAAUGGCAACACAAUCAAGAUUGACAUUCCUUCUUUAACUAUUUCACCAAACUCAAGAAGUGAGGUAAUUUUAACCCUUGAGUCAAUUAAAACUGAAUCUGUUGAGGAAUUCUUCGAAAUCAUUGUUAAAGAUUCAGAAUCUCUUUUCUUUCAAGUCCUAGCUGAGGUUUAAAAGCCUAGAGUUGCUCUGAAUAGAAAUACAAUUGAAUUAGGCAGAAUCUAUGCUGGAGUUACCGAAGUAGUUGAUUAUGAUCAUAAGCAAUCAAUAACCCUGAAAAAUUAUGGAAACCUACCAGCUAUGUUCUAAUGGGAAGAGAAAAUAGAGUAAGACAGGAUAAUUGCAAGAUUCGAACCAGCAAGAGGCACUAUUCCUCCUAAAUCUGAGGUUUAAAUCUACUUCUCUUCAACUGUCUACAUUGGAGGCAAUAUCAAUGAGCUAUUUAUUUGCAACAUAGAUGACUUAGAAAUACCUCUAGGUUUUGAACUUCAUGCAGAUGCUUUUGGAUUGAAUGUGUCCUAUGAGAUCACAGACGAUACAGUAGCUCCUAUGAGUCUGACUCAAGCUAGUUUCAAAAACAUGACUUAGUCUUAGACUUCGGGAUUUGCUGAUGGUGACUAACAGUUCUCAAUGAAAAGUGGAAGUAAUCUUCAAUCUGGUGGAGCACUAUAGAAGUUAUAAAGAGAACUAGAAGGCAAGCAGCUAAAGAUGCUUACUUUCCCAAGCUGCAGAAUAAACAAGACUUCCAAUCAGAAGUUCAUACUUAAGAAUCUCUCAGGCAUUAAGACAUCCUUCAAAUUUUCCUCAAUCAUAUUUGAACCUAUUAGCCAUUAAGCCCCAGUGUAAAAGAGCGAAAUACAAAAAGCCCAAGAGGAGCAAGAGAGACUUAUGAAUGAAGAACUUUCUACAUCGUCACCUAGUAAAAACGGAAGCCCAUUGAAGCCAGGCUAGAAGUAGAUCAGAUUUGCCCCAUCCGCUAAGUCAGGGUCUACUAGAUUCGGUAAAAGCUUUGGUAAGAACUAGGAACCAGAUAAGAAAUGGACUAGAGCUAUACUCUCAGAUGAGCAUGAAUAAAAUCAAAAGUUCUCAUCAGCCACUGGGGAGACAUUUACUCAGACUAAGAAGCUUGAUAAAGAAUAAGGUUUCUUCUUAUCAAAUAACAAGGGUAUAGCGAUUGUCUUCAACCCAUAAAUCGGCGAUCUACCUCCUCACUCUGAGGUUCCAAUCACAGUUACUAUUUAUAACAAUGUCUGUGGAAAGUUUGAUGAUAAAAUUAUUUCUGAAAUUAAAGGACUCGGCCCAAUUGAGUUCCCAAUUAGUAUUGCAAUUUCAGGAAGUCCGAUAGUUAUUCCAGUAAAUUAGGUAGGAUUAAACUAUAAAACUAUUCCCCCAACUCUACCUAUGCCAACAAUAGUUACAAAUUCUUAGCCAAUGACUAAGUAAUUCAAGAUUAAAAAUACAGGUAUUCGGUCGGUAUAGAUAGAUUGGAAAAUUUUUGAUUAGAAGGAUCUAGCUCAUUCAGAUAAUGAUUACUUUAAUCUUUCAAUAGCUAAGAAUUUCAGUUAUGACAGGAAAGAUAAUCCAUUCAAGUUCAACUUUGAGGCAAUAGAGCCAGAAGAAAGUCAUGGAUCAGCGUUUGAGAUUCAACCUAAAUCAGUCACUGUAGGUCCAAGAGAAACUUCCACUUUUAAUGUUACCUUUUUCUCAAACAAGGGAGUUGGAGAAUUCAAGUCAGUUGUACUUGCUACUCCAGAGUUAUCUUCAGAAGAACUAUCAAUCGCUGAUGAUGGUGAUGAAUUCCUUAGAAAAGGAUCAUUGGGAAUAAUAUCUCUUAAUCUAUUAGCGAAUACAAUCAAGCCUAAACUUGUUAUUGAUAAAAAGAGUAGAUUUGAUGGAGAAAAUCAUCUCAACUUCAAAUACUGGUCUAUUCCAAAUGAUUAAAACGCCCCAAAUGCUCAAUAAAAGAUAACCUAUACUAAUGAUUCUAAGGCUGAUUUAUCUUUCAAUCUUUAGAUCUCAGGUCCAUUUGAAAUCGUCAAGUCAAAGACUAAUUCUGGGGCUAAACAUCCACUAGCCACAUCAGCACCUCCAUCUAAAAUUGUGAAGCAAAAGGUUGAAACAAUGUUCUGUCUACAGCCACUUAAGAUAGUUGAAAUAGAUGUAAAAUUCCUCGCUCCAUCUCCAUCAAGUGAUGACUGGCCUAACACUAUCAAAAAUGACAGAGUUGGAGAGCUCAUUGCUCACUUCUCUAAUGGUGAUUCAUAAAAGCUAGUAUUAGAUGGUCUCCUUUUAAGACCUAAGAUUGAAUUAUUGACUGAAAAGCCUUCCAAGAAUGAUAAGGCUCUCGAUGAACUUGACUUUGGCGUAGUCAAUGUAGACAAAUUCAGAACUAUCAGAGUUUUCCUAUCAAAUAUUACUGAGCCCAUUUCCAAGUGGAAACUCAACUAUGUAGCUUUCCCCAAGAAAUCAACGAUUGGACACAGUACUACUACUCCUUGGGAAAUUGAAAACAUGGAGAAGACAGAUGAUCCAGAUGUCUUUGAAUUCUCAAUAACUGAGGGCUAACUAAAAGGAAAAUCCCUACCAUUAAGAAAAGUACCAGAAGGCUUAAAUAAACCUCCAAUUGCUAGAGACGAAGAGGAAAAGCAACUAAUGCCUUAGACCAUACUUAUAAACUUUAGACCCAAGCAAAAUGUUUUAUAUAAGUCAAAGUUCAGAUUUACUGUAGAGAACGGUAUAUCAUGCGAUGUUAUUCUCAAGGGUAAAGGAUCUUACGAAGAAAAUCACGAUUGA